AUGGCACGUAAUAAGGUUCGACUCUUAAAACUUUUUAGGACUUGAACUAAUUAUUCAUUUGUUUUUAUCAUCUAUUCGUUUGGUAGCUUAGUUCGGUUUUUUUCCCCCAUGCGCACAUAUUUGUAUUUUUUUGGCUACUCUAUAAGUUUGUUUUCUUUUCUUUGAGCGGUGGGAUUUCCCCUGAGCAGAGGAAAUACAUUAUUCGUGUUUCUUGUAUAUUUGUGUCUUUUAGACAUUCAUUGGAGUUCCAAGGGUAGAUUAUUUCAACUUUCAGAAGAUUAAAACAGUCGGCUGGCAACCGGAGCCGGCUGAUGUCGGCUGUAAUGCGUUAUUCCCUUUUUAUUUAUUUAUUUAUUUAUUUAUUUAACAUACUCAUUUCGCAGGAAUCUCUGACUUUACUGCUUGAUAUUGGCCCAUCCAUGCACAACGCUCUUCCAGAUGUCGAGAAAAUUUGCUCAAUACUUGUCCAGAAGAAGGCAAGUCGUUUCUCAUCUUUUCUCAUUUCUUGAUUUAUGCCAACAUUUGUUUCAUUACGUAGUUCAAUGUGCCUAGAAGAGCUCAGCACGUUAGGGUCUUGUCGUCCUUUACUUUGGCUCGAAACAAGUCUAACUUUUGUUAGCUGAAUUAUUCUUUUGUUGCAGUUAAUUUAUGGGUGGAAUGAUGAUGUUGGAGUUGUGCUGUUUGGAACAGAAGGUGUAUUCAUCUGCUCUACAGAGAAAAUGGCUGACUUGGAUCUCUAUAAAAUGAUCUAACUGAUCCAAGUGGGCAUUUUUGUGAAAGGACUUCUAUCAAUAGUAGAAUCAUUUUUUUUUCAAAUUUCUUGUGUCACAUUUUUUUUCAAAUGCUGAAUCUUAUCUAAGGAGGUUUUUUUUUCAUAUUCAAAACAUGAAAAAUGCAUAAAACUUACCUGUAUCUACCACUAGAGUUGUUUUUUGAGCUUAGUUGCAGUGUGCACACAAUGUACUUUGCUGAUAAAGUAUUUGCAAAGAUCAGUUUUAUGCCUGAGCUUCUGUUGCCAACUUUUAUGACUCGUAUCGUAAUAUUCUUGUUGUUCAAUAAUUCGAUUGUAUUGUUUUCUAUUUUAUGACUUCUGCAUUGUUGGAGUCUACAGAAACAGACAAUGAUUUGGCAAAGCAAGUUGGAGGUUAUGAUCACAUUGUGGUUCUGAAUGGGAUCAGCACUGUCAACAGGAAUCUAUUGGGAACUUUAAAGAAGCUCCCUCGAGGGACUGUAGCUGGUGACUGUAUCCCUUUAUGAAAUGAACUAUAUUUUGGUCUUAAUAUAUACAUCUGUGUUUUCAUGUCUGCCAAUCAGAGUAUCUUUCUGUGUAUCAGUUUCUUAGUGAGUGGCGCUCCUGAGUUGGCUCUCUCCUGCAAAAAUCUGUUCAUGAAAACCGCACUUCAUUGGAUUUUUGUUUUUAGAUAAUGCAAUGUUAAUGAUAAGGUGAGUAAUUAAAUUUGAGCUUCAUAUGGAUUUGACUGAUGGUGAACAAUGCCAUUGUAUCCAGUCCAAUGACAUUAUUUUCUUUUUCAAUUUUUCAGCUUGAUGCUGAAUCUAUUAAUUAUUUGAUGACUGCCGCUUGCUGGCUUUUGAAAACGCUUGAACUGUUAGAGAAGAACAUUUUAAUGUCCUUUUUAUUUUUAAGUGUAUAACGCACAAUUGAUAUGUUUCUAGUAGUAUGUUUAGAAGAUGCUGGUUUAUUUCUUAAAUUUCAACAUUUUGCUGUCCAUAACUCGGGGAAAGUUCUGGAUGCCAUUGUCGUUGGAAUGGAUUUGUUGAUAAAGAAGUUUGGUACAACAAAUAAGGGAAAAAUGCGCCUUUGUCUUAUAACGGAUGCUGAAAGUCUCACAAAGGAGCCUUAUGAAGGUACCAAGGAAGAUCAAGUUGGAAUCAUUUCCGAACAGAUGAAGUCACAUGGAAUCAAAUUAGAUUGUAUAAUCACCAGAAUGUCAUCUGGGAUGGCCGAUCAAAAGAUUUUGGUUGAGAAUGAUUCUCUACUUUGUAAUAUCUCAAGGAAAGGAAAUGCGAAAAUUAGAUAUGUUGCUAGCCCGGCAGCACUUUUGGGUGCUCUUCGAACACGAAAUAUAUCUCCUGUCACUGUUUUCAGAGGCGACCUUGAAUUAAGUUCAAAAAUGAAAAUUAAGGUGAGGUGUCUACACUUAUUCUUUUGACAUUAACCAACAGAUUUGUGCUUAUGAUUUAUUUAUAUUAAUCAACUGUUAUUUUCUGUUGUGCAUACUCUUCGGAGACUUGUAAUGAGAAUUGAUGAACCGAGGUUGAAGUAGUCCCCAUUACUAUUGCUUUUACUUCGAAAAAUGUUUACUUAUUGAGCACCAAGAGGGUCCAUUGACUGACACAUGUCUAUGCUAGAAUUUUGACGGCCACUGUCACACAUGUUUAAACUUGUGCUUGUUAAUAAGUGUUUGUUGUUUUGCUGCUCCGUUUACGAUCAGAGGGCUUGAACCUGCACGACUGUGAAUGCACUGGCAAAUAUUUGUCUGGGUUAAAGUGAGGGGGUGGCAAUGCAUAAUAAUUGCCUAUGGUUUGUAAUUGGUGUAAAUAGAAGAAAGGAAUGUUGUUUGGAUGUUGCAUAGACAUUGUCAAGAAUAGGAAAUGCAUCAGAUAAGUUAGCUUAUGAUGCUGUUUUUUAUGUUGCCAUUGAACGUCAGUUUUCAAUGUUAUAGAGUUUCCUGGAAGAUGAGCAACAUAACUCUUUUACCGAGAUUUAAUUGUUUUUUUUUCAAUAAUUUGAGUUGGAUAAUUUAAUUCUUCACCCGUGUAGAAGAUUUCAAUUUGAUUAUUUGUCAGGGAUGCAUUUAUAUCCCGGUGAAUAUGCUUUUAAUAUUCUUUCUCACAGCUCUUUUCUUCUUCUCAUUUAGAUCUGGGUAUACAAGAAAACGUCUGAGGAAAGAUUUCCCACGCUGAAGAAGUACUCUGAUAAAGCCCCUGCAAGUGAUAGAUUUGCCACUCACGAAGUUAAAGUAGAUUUUGAAUACAAAAGUUUAGAGGAUCCUAGUAGAAAUGUUCCUCCGGAGCAGAGAAUUAGAGGCUAUCGAUAUGGGCCACAAAUAAUUCCUGUUUCAUCAGAUCAAUGGGAGGCUGUCAAAUUCAAACCUGAGAAGAGUGUUAAGCUUCUGGGAUUUACUGAUGCAUCCAACAUUAUGCGGUGAAUUCCUCCCCUUUUGUGUUGUUGGAGCGAUUUAGAAUUUGAUCAUGGAACUCAUCUGUCCUUUCAUUUUUGCCUACAGUAAGGGUGAUCUCUUAUGACCAUCGUGAAAGUUCUAGGGAGCUAGAGACUCCUCAUGGGACUUUCUCAUUUUCACUCUUUGUAUUACUACUUUAUGUGAAGACUAGUGGCUCCCUGUGUGAUGGCUCAUUUCACUCUUUGCUUUCUAAUGGUGUUUGAUUAGGAUAUUCUCAGCAAAUCCAAAUCUUUGCAAACUUUAUUCCUUUUCUAAGUGUAGAUCCUGAGAUUCUGAGCUCUCAAUUGGGGAUUAAAUUCUCUUGGUCUGAAACUUGUUUGCACUUAGAACAAGUUUAGUGAUACACUAUAGAUGCUUAGAUCUCAUGGUAUAGUACUUGCUGAAGUAUCAUCUUUCCCUUUCAUUACUACCAGCAAGUCUAUGGUCAUUGUGUCAAUUUAAAUAAUGUAUGCGAUGAUACUCUGUGUACCCGAAACAGAACGGAUUGGUAUUUACUGAUUUAAUGAAUGAUUUCUGACUCACGAUAACCCUAGCCUAAACCAUUGAAUGAGAAAUCUAUGAAAUCGAUUUUUAGCUUUUUCCUACAUCAAUUUUUCUUGAUUAAGAGUGAGAAGAAAGGCAGGAUUUCAUGCAGGAUCCAAUUUAUAAUGUUUGACAUGAACGAGUUCAGCACCGUUUCAUGGAGCAUGGAUUUUACAGUUCUAACUAGUGAGUUUUGAUAUGGGUAGCAUGCUACUGCCUGAAACUACCAAUACGUGUAAAUAAAUCACAGAUCUAACUAAUUCGGUUAGCAAGUUGAUUUUUUUUUUUGAGAUAUAAAUAAACAUUUAUAACAUCCCUAAUAAAUAGCAGUAGUUUUUUUCAAGUGAAAAAAACUUGAAUUGCGGUAGUUUUUUUCAAAGGAUAUCUGUCUUCACACUGGUAUUUGCUCAAGUUCUAGCAACCGCCUUUAGUUUCGUCUUACUGCAAGGUUUACGCACUUCAUUGCAAGCACUAUGAAACCUUCUUCUAUUGUUUGUCAGUAACUCUGAAUCUUCCAGUCACAAGACGAUAGGUUAGAAAUGCCAUCUGUUGAACUCAUGUGUGAAGAACACAUAAUUCAUGAAAAUUCGGGUGCUGAACUAAGAGUUUGUCAUAUGACCUUGGCACGUGGACUUCUGUGCCGAGUAGAUAUAGUCUUGAAAGCUAUUCUGUGUGAGUAUGGCACCCGAAAGCUAUCCCUGACACAAGUCCUUGUCUCCUUGUCUCCUUAUCUCAUGUGAUUUUAAUUUCCAAUGGAUCGGCUUGUUUUAUGUCUUGAUUUCUUAACAUGAUUUCGAUGGUGCCGAUCAAGUGUUUGAAUUGUCUGGAUUUGUGAUUCUCAUUUCGUUUGCAUUUUUAUUUUUUCUCGUUCAAGGCACUAUUUCUUGAAAGAAGUCUAUGCCUUUAUCCCUGAACCGGGCAACAAAAAAGCUGGUGUUGCAGUAUCUUCCAUAGCUAGAGCAAUGAGAGAGACAAACAAAGUUGCUCUUUUGCGGUGUGUUUGGAGACAAGGUCAAGGGAGUGUCACAGUUGGGGUAUUGACGCCAAAUAUAUCCUCAAUGGAUACUAUGGUGAUCCAUCAAGCACCUUGUACCUACUUUUUUGUCUAUAUGCGCUGUGUUUGACUUCUAAAUACAAGCCUCUUCGCACCCCUCCUAUUCUGACAGUGUAUCAUUCCUUUUAUGGACAGCCAGAUUCCUUUUAUUUCAAUGUGCUUCCUUUUGCUGAAGAUGUUCGAGAAUUUCAGUUUCCAUCUUUUAGCAGCUUCCCUUCUUCUUGGCAACCAACCGAACAACAACAAGAUGCUGCGGAUAAUCUAGUUAAGAUGCUCGACCUUGUACCCUAUGGGAGAGGGGAAAUACUAAUGCCUGAUAUGACGCCAAAUCCAGUUUUAGAGGUAUGUAGCCGAGUAGCUGCCUCAACUUUGUUAGUUGCAAAUUUAUUUAUGUUGAUUAAAUGUUUCCUUUUUGUCACAAAUGAGAGAGAUGGAAUGUGAGAGGGAGAGAGACCCAAGAGAGUCAAUAACCAAAACCCUAAUCGAUAGACUUUGGUAUUUAUACCAGAAUCUCAAGGGAUCUUAGAUGGGCUGAUAGGGCCCAUACCCACGUGGGCCAAUAUGGCCAUGACCUAGAUGGAUUAAUACAACCUAGAUCCAAUAACAUAUACAUCAUUCAACAACCUCCCUCAAACUGGAGCAUACAUGUCAUAUACACCUAGCUUGUUACAUAAAAAUUACACCUUGUGAUCAUUUAGAGACUUAGUGAAUGCAAGUUGAUAUGUAGAAUUAAUGUGGACUAUAAUAAUGAGUUGUGCUUGAAUCUUCUCUCUAAUGAAGUGGCAAUCAAUUUCAAUAUGUUUUGUCCUCUCUUGGAACACAUGAUUAGAGGAAAUAUAGAUGGCCACUUGGUUGUCACAUUUAAGCUUUAUAUAGAACAUGCAUGAGGAAUACUAAUUUCUUUAACAAAAUGUCUAAUCCAUUUCGGUUUGUGCCAUUGCCAUAUAUUAUGAUUCAACACUUGAUUUUGAGACCAUAGAUUGCUUCUUACUUUUCUAAGAAAUAAGAUUGCCUCUAAGAAAAAUACAAUAAUCAAUAAAAGAUCACAUGUCUAGAUUGCAACCAGCACAAUCAACAUCUAAAAAACCUUGCAUUGUGAGAUGAUUGUUAUUCUUGUAUAGAAGUUCUCUACUUAAAUUACUCUUGAGAUACCUCAAUGUCAACAACAUCAAGAUGCUUGGUGUAUAGUGGUUCUAUGAACUUACUCAUGAUACUAGUGGCAAAUGAGAAAUUUUUUUGGAUGAGAAUCAAAUAAUUUAAUUUACCAACUAGCUGUUUGUACCUCCUUGGAUCCUUAACUUUCACCUUUAUCAAAUGAUAACUUCAAGUUAGGGUCCAUGGGAGUGGUAGUUGACCUUAUCUCUACAAGAAGAUAAAGGGCAAUCACAAUCAACCAACAAAAUUUGCUUUAGAUCACUCAAUCUCAAUCCCAUGGAAGUGUUUGAGAUUAUUAAGGUUCUUAGUUACAAAUUGACUUUGUAAUUAAGAACUUUUUGAGUUAGAGAUACCUACAUAAUUACUUCUAGUAAUGACAAUGUCAUCAAGAUAUACAAUCAACAAAAUACAACCAUCAUGCGAAUGUUUAUUAAUGAUAAAAUGAUCAACAAUAUAGUGUUACUAGAUAUGCGAAACAAGGCUUGUAACGAUUGCUUUAUGUUGUAGAGAGAUAAAGUCAAGAGAGAUUUUCAAGUGUGGAUACACUCAAUCCACAAGCUCUUUUAUGUGGUUAGAAAUUAUCUUCAUUUGUUUUACUUUUAGUUUCAGAGGAAGAAGACUCUUCAUGCCCAAUGAUUCUUCUAGAUGGCAUGGUUGAACUCUAAUGAAGAGGUUCCCUAGUGUCGUUAGAGAAUAAGGCACUUAUAGGGUCCAUAUUCACACAGAGAGUGUCGUAGAGUGUCUAAUGGUGUCAUGAGUGUAUUCCUUGAUAACAAUUAUAAUCAUAAUUUUUAAAAAAUUACUUAAUAGAUUUUUAGUCUAGUGAUCUCAAAUCCAUGAUGGAUCUCUCCUCAGCCAUUUAGUUAUUGAGAUGUAGAGAAUAAGCACAAUAUUAUUGAAAAUUUUCAGAUCAUCAUGAAUAGAUAACUUUGUCAUAUAAUCAUUAUUUUCAUGAAUUAUUUAUCUUAGCAUAUCGUAAGUAGUGGUGUAGUCAAGCCCAAAAAAUAGCACCUAGUUAAGGAUCUGUAAUAAAGUAGUAAUGUUGGGAUUAUAAUUAUUAUUGUUGGAAGUGUCACUAAGAAUAGUUGGUUAGGGAGGACUAUUGCCACCUUUUUCAAUGUUAUGAAUACUAUUGCUUCCAUUAUAUGUUAUUGGUUGAAUGUUUUGGUCGAGGAUGCAAAUCUCCUUCUUGAAUAAAAUGUAUGACCAAUAGAAUAUAAUGGAGGCAAUGGUGCUCAUAAUAUUGAGAAAGGUGGUAAUGGUCCUCCCCAAUCAACUAUUCUUAGUACUACUAAUGGUAAUAGUUGUGACCCUAACACCACUGCGUCAUUGUAGAUCUUUAGCUAGGUGUCAUUCUCUAGGUCAGACCACAUCAUUAAAUGUGACAUGUUAAGAUAAAUAAUUUAUGAAAAUAACAUUUGUAGGGUGAAGUUGUCUAUUCAUAGUGAUCUUAGAUUUUUCAAAAAUAUUGUGUUUAUUCUCUACUAUCUUAAGAACUAUAUAGUUGAGGAGAGGUACAUUAUAGAUUUAAGAUCAUUCGACUGAAAAUUUAUUAAGUGGUUCUUAAAGAAUUAUUGUUGUAGUUGAUAUUAAAGACAUGUUCAUUCAUCAUACUCAUUAAACACUCUAUGGCACCCUUUCCGUGAAUAUGGACCUUAUAGGUGUCUUAUUCUCUAGCAGUAUUAGGGAACCUCCUCAUCAGAGUUCAGUCAUGCUAUUUAGAAGAAUCAUUAGGCAUGAAGAGUCUUCUUCCCUUAAAACUAAAAGUAUAACAGAUGAAGUACACAGAAAAGAACUUGUGGAUUGAGUGUAUCCACACUUGGAAACCCCUCUUGGUUUUAUCUCUCUACAGUAUAUAAAGCAAUCUCUACAAGUCUUGUUUUGUAUAUUUAGUAAUACUUAUUGUUGUUUCGUAUAUCUAGAUCAGCUAGAUUAAGGAUGAGAACCCUCCGAUCUAGGUUGAAUUGGAUGGAGGAUAGCAGUAGUAGUAGGCAGAAGCUGACGCUGAACAGAUGAGCAGCACCAAACAAGGCAGCCCGGAAUAGAGGGCGGCUUUGGAGUAGUGGUAGGAUUGAAUAGGGGUAGUGCCAAACAAAGGCGACAUCAGGCAGCGCGAAUCAAGGGAUGACUUCCCUAGGGUUGCUGCUAUGAUACCAUGUCACAAUGAAAGAGAUCAAAGGAGAGAAGGAGAGAAACUUAGGAGACUUAGACGACCAAAACCCUAAUCAACAAUCUGGUAUUUAUACCAGAGUCUCAAGGGACCUAGAUGGAUUGAUAGGGCCCAUACCCAUAUGAGCUGAUAUGGCCAUGACCUAGAUAGGGUAGUACAGCCUAGAUCUAAUAGUAUAUGUAUACAUCUAGCUUGUUACAUAGAAAUUACACCUUGUGACCAUUUAAAGACUCAGUGAAUAUGUCUGCAAGUUGAUAUGUAGAGUUAAUGUGGAUUAUAGUGAUGAGUUAUGCUUGAAUCUUCUCUCUGAUGUAGUGACAAUCAAUUUCAAUAUGUUUUGUCCUCUCUUGGAACACAUGAUUAGAGAAAACAUAGAUUGCCACUUGGUUUUCACGUUUGAACUAUGUAAGACAUGCAAAAGGAAAACUAAGUUAUCUAGGAAAAUGUUUGAUUUUUAUCAGCUUACAUAUAGUGUGUGACAUUGCCUUGUAUUAUGAUUUAACACUUGAUUGUGAGACCACAUUGUUUCUCACUUUUCUAUGAAAUAGGAUUUGCCUCAUAGAAAAAUACAAUAAUCAAUGAAAGAUCACACGUCUAGAUUGCAACCAACACAAUCAGCAUCUGAAAAACCUUUAGUUGUGAGAUGAAUGUUAUUCUUGUAUAGCUCUCCUCUACUUAGAUUACUCUUGGGAAACCUCAGUGUGAUGCAGACAUGGAUCAAGAUGCUUGGUGUAUAGUCGUUCUAUGAAGUAUGUUGGUAACAAUUUCUAACUCAAAGAGUUUUUACAAAGGUAAUUUGCAACCAAGGACCUUGGUAUUCUCAAAUACUUUUUUGGGAUUGAGAUCAAUCGAUCUAAAGAGGAUAUCACAAUCAACCUAUGAAAAUAUAUCCUUGAUUUUGAAAUAGAUCUUGUUAGAUGUACUCCACUGAUUAUAGUUCUUGUCGUUUAAUUUCUAAGAUGUAAUGAUAUGGUUUUGGACUGUCACUGCUGGUUGUGGAGCUAUAAAAGAUUUUGAUUCAUCAGUGAUUGCUGUAAAAACAGGAAACUCACUUCAACGUUUACUUUAACCAUUGACUUUUGACGUAUGACUUUAACUGAUGCUGAACACCUCAUGACUCCUAUGGAGGGAGUGCUGCUAGGACCUUGGUAGUGACACUAGAUGUGGACUCUCUGGUCUCAGCCAGAUGAAGGAUGAUAACCCUCCGAGUUGGGCCGAAGGGAGACAGCUGGAUGGAGGAUGGUGGCGGUAGCAAGCAGAAGAUGACGUUGAGCAGAUGAGCGGUGCCGAAUAGGGCAGCCCCGGACAAGAGCAGCACUCUAAUAGAGGGCAGGUUCGGACAGGGGAAGCGCCAAACAAGGGUGACACCAGACGGGGCGAUGCUAGACUGGUGGCAGCACCAAUCAGGGGACGACGUCCCUAGGAUUUCUGCUCUGAUACCAUGUCACAAUGAGAGAGAUCAAAAGAGAGAGGGAGUUAGACCCAGGAAACUCGGACAACCAAAACCGUAAUUGACAGUCUGGUAUUUAUACCAGAGUCUCAAGGGACCUAGAUGGAGCGAUAGGGCCCAUACCCAUAUGAGCCGAUAUGGCCACGACUCGGAUGGACCUAUACAGCCCAGAUCCAAUAACAUAUACAGUAUUCAACACUUUUGAUGACUAAAAUUUCUUAGACUUCAAAAAUUGACAACUGGUUACCUGCAGUUCUGCUUGUCUUAGAUUCCUACCAUUUCCAGUUGCGAAUAUUUUACAAAACUGUUGAGUCUAAGGACAUGAUGUUGUUACACUCGGUUUUAAUAAUUAUAAUCCACGAAAAUAAACAUGUUUUCAUGCAAUAGAUUCGUACAAUGACAACAGCAUUCCUUAGUCAAUUUUCUUUUCUUUAUUUAUGCCAAUCAGAAAUUCCAUGAAAUUGGGACAGAUGGAGGUGUAAUGGCAAUUUUGGUGUCUAGUGAUAGUAAUUGGACUACUAUGCAUGUGAUUAGCAUGAUCUGUGUUUGAUGGGCGGAGGGGGAGGGGGGAAAGUCAGCACAACAUAUUAUUAUUCCAAUUCAACCAAGUCAAUUUCUUUUACAAAUCUAGCUGACAGAUUGUGUCUGGGUUGAAUUCUGCUGGUAAAAUCAUAAUCUACACCUAAAUAUGCGGGGAAGAUCUAUGACUUUGUUGUCACCAGCUGCUCAUAGAUGUUAGAUGUGGGGUUGACUUUAUAUUAUGUAAAUGUUAUCCCAGAUUUAGCAUUAAGGUCCUGAUUAGUGUUAGGUAUAUUACGUCAAGGAAUUGGUGACGGGAGCCAGCUGUGAUUAUUCAGUUGUCAACGUUUUCUGCGGAGAAACCCAUUGCAUGGGAAUCGAGUUUGACCACCCAAUCAAUGCUCCUCGUCCUGUUUCAGCGUUUCUUCCGCUUUCUUGAGCUCAAGUCAACGAAGCCAGAUUCAGAAGUUCCUCCACUUGACACAAGUCUGAGAGCGGUCACUGAGCCCGACCCAGAUCUCUCUGAGAAUAAGUCAGUUCUAGCUGACUUCCGUGGUUGCUUCGAGCUCAAGCACAACCCAAAGGUUCACCCGUCUCUCUAUCUCUAUCUUUCUAUAUAUGCAUAUUUCCUUUUCUGGAAACCCCAGUUUUUCGGCGGCCUGCUUAUCCGAAUAGUCACUCACAUUUGUUCUAGAAGAAAUCUUCAAAGCGAUCUCGAGAUGCAGCAUCAGAUGAGGCCCUGGUUCAGAGCUCAGACCCACGAGACGCGGCGAAGGUGGAGAAAAUCGGGGAUACUUCCCCCAUCGAGGAUUUCGAGGCCAUGAUCGCCCGCAGAGACGGCUCGGAGUGGGUCGUCCGGGGAAUAAGAAGCAUGAAGAUCUACAUCUCUGACCUCCUGGAGAACUCCUACGAAGGGGACGCCUACCCCAAGGCCAUCGACUGCCUGAUGGCCCUCAGAAGGGCCUGCGUCCUCGAACAGGCAAGCAUCAUCUGCCCAUGAUAUUACUAUAAUUGGGUUUUUCUGGAUUAUUAAAAAAGCGUGUUUCUCAAGGAACCCGAGGAGUUCAACCAGUUUCUCCGAGAAAUCUUCCAGAGGUGGAAGGCCACCGACCUCCGCGGCUUCUUCGAGAUGGUCGCAUCCAAGAACAUCUCCCUGAUCAGCAAGACGGAGGCGGCCGACAGGUUCCCCUGCUUGGCUUUAAUCUACUAGCGGCCACCUAAUUAUCCCUAUAAUAUUCCCACUAAUAUCGGGGUUAUUUUCCUAAACAGCGAUGCGACAGAUUCUGAGGCCAGGAGCUUUCCGGCCAAAAUCGAUUUCUCUUCUCAAUAG